UCACAUAGUGAAGCAUUCAGUGCUGCUCCAGGUGAAGCCAGAGAACAGCGGAAGACUUGACUUGGUGUGAUCAGCGCGAGCUGCAGAAGUUUCAGCCACCAUGAAUGGAUCCACAGCCCCCACCAAAGAUUACUUGGGCAUCUCUAUUUUCAACACGCUCUGCUGCUGCCUGCCACUUGGAGUCAUUGCAAUAAUCUACUCCUUACGGGCUCGGGAUGCAAAUGCAGCAGGAGACUCAACGCGGGCUGAACAGGCAUCGCACACGGCCAAAAUCCUGAACAUUUCUGGCAUCGUUACUGGAUUAAUAUUCCUUGUUAUCAUUAUAAUCUACUGGAUAGUUGUAGCUGUUAAAAUAGCAAAAUGACUCUGUGGUCCUGUGAACAGGAGCAAAUAGGAGUUUACUGUAAUUCUUGUUGUUGGAUAACAAAACCUGUAUCCUGGAUUAAGACCUUCCUUUCGCUCCUGUCAUCCAAUAAAUGUUCAAGUUUUAUACUUAAUUACUUCUCGUUUUCUCAAGUGAUAUGAAAAUAAUUCAAUAAACUUCCAAGAUGAAUACAAGACA